UGCCGCCCCCCCCUACAAUUAAGGGUUUUCUCCUCAGCAUGGCUUCUUUUUCCAAAGGGGGGAGGAAGAGUCCGGCUCCCGCCGCGUCAGCAUCGUCGCGGGUCUUGGCCCUGGAGGAAGAAGUGCGGGGCCUGACGGAGGAGCUGAGCCAGUGCCAGGCUGAUAAAGAAUUUGUGUGGUCUUUAUGGAAACGUCUUCAGGUCGCAAACCCAGAUCUGACACAAGCAGUCAGUAUGGUUGUCGAAAGAGAAAAGCAGAAAGCUGAACUCAAGGACAGGAAGGUUUUAGAAAUUUUGCAAGUUAAAGACGACAAAAUACAGACAUUGGAACAGAGAACAUGUGGGCAACAAGAGGAGAUAAACAACCUGGUACAGAGAAAGCUUGCUGUGGAUGAGGAAAACGCAGUCUUGAAGAGAGAGCUCUGCAUCUUCCAACAGAAAUGUAAAGAUAAAAUCCAGGAACUUAAGGACACUAAGGAGUGUGCACUGAGAAAGGAAGAGCACAGCAGACUGGUUAUAAAAAACCUGGAGGAGGAAAAUGAGGGAUUAAGUACACGCUAUGCUGACCUGCUAAAUGACCUGGAGAAACUGAGGAAGCGGGAGGCACAAUGGAGAAUAGAAAAAUCUGGCAUCGAAGCAAAAAUAAAGAAUUUGGAAGCUGAUUUAACAGAGGCAAGUGGGCAAAUGGAAACCUUGCACAGCAAAUGCAAUGAUCUGGCAUCUCAGCUGGGUGUUAAGCAGACUGAACUAACACAAAAAGAUUUGGAUGUGGCCAGAACUAGGAAGGAGUUGCAGGAGCUGCAGAAUCUCUACAAACAAAACACUGAACAUGCAGCACAGCAGGCAGAGCUGAUCCAGCAGCUUCAGGCUCUCAAUAUGGAUACGCAAAAAGUACUGAGAACUCAGGAAGAUGCUCACACAGCUGAAACAAUAUCAUAUCAAAAACUUUACAAUGAAUUGACCAUAUGUUUUGAGAAACUCAAAGCAAGUGAGUUGGAGCUCCGGCAAAGUCAAGCUUCUCUCCAGAACCAACUACUUGAAAAAGAACGACAUAUCAGUCAGCUGGAAGAACAACUUCAACAGGCUCUCAGCUCUCUGUUUUCAAAACCUGAAAGUCCUUCAAAACAGAGAAAAGAGGAAUUCCAGCAGUAUUCUUUAAGUGAGCUAGAAUAUCUCAUACUAUCACAAAAAUCUGAAAUAAAGCUUUUGAAAGAAAAAUUGAAAAGAGCAAAUCAUACACUAGCAGAUCAUAGCCUUUGCAGCAGAGAUUUCUUGGAUUGCAUCAGUGUUAAGGCUGGGAAGAAAUACAAGGAACCACCUGUGAAACGUUCAAGGUCUCUGUCCCCAAAGAGCUUUUUGAAAGAGUCGGAGGAAUUAAGAAGGCUUAAAAUAGCUGAAAGAAAGAUUGAAAACUUAGAAAAGACACUGCAGCUAAAGAUCCAAGAAAACGAUGAGCUGAGGCAAACCCAUGAAAAGCGCAAAAAGAGGCUGCAGAUGUUACAGACCAACUACAGAGCAGUAAAAAAGCAAUUAAAACAAUGGGAGGAAAGCUAUAGCAAGCCUGGAAGCGGUAAAAAUGGAACAGAGCGUUCUCAUCCCCGGCAGCUGUGUCAAGAAGAUUCUGAUGCUGUGUGGAACGAACUGGCGUAUUUCAAAAAGGAACACAAAAAGCUAUUGAUUGAAAAACUGAAUUUAGAGGAAGAAUUGGAUCAGAUGAGAGUGUAUACAUCUAGGGAUAAAGCUACAAUACAAGAACUGAAUAUAUGCCUGCAACAAGAAAGAGAAGAGCUGCUCUUUAGACUUGGUGAAGAGGAUGGGGUCAAGAACAGUACUCCAAAGAAGAAUGUGAAAGAAAUACCAGCACAGACAUUACUGAAGGUUUUGGAACUGGAAAGGAGGCUAAAGAGUUUCGAGAGAGAAUCAAGGAGAUUGAAGGAAAUCAACAAAGAGUUAACGAAAGGUAACAGUGAUCUGAAAGCAUUGCUCAAACAGCAGAAGGAAGAAGCAGAGGCCAGGGAGAAGGAGCUGGAGAUGCUACUGAAACAAAUCAAAGAAGUCCAGCAGGACAAAGCAGACCUGCUGCUACUGAUAGAUGGGCUAGAGAGAGAGGUUGCCUCUCUGAAGAGGCAAUUGGCAGAAGCAAACUCGCUGAGAGAUGAAAACAAGGAUCUACUGAGUCAAGUGAGGCAAUUGCAGAGUUCGCUGGACAGAGCAAGGACAGUGCCUUCCAUGGCCAAUGCGGAGGCAUCCUGCAGGCAAUGUCUGUGUAAGAGUAGAAGUGCCAAAGUUAAGUUGAAAACAGGGAAGAAGAAAGGCUUAGUGGGAUAUCACCAGUCUCUUCUCAAUCAGUCCAUCAAGGUUAUGAGCGGUGUAUUUGAGAACUUCAAUAAGGACGGCUGGGAGGAUGUGAGUGAAAGCAGUGACUCUGAAACACCAGUUUCCGAGAAUCUGGGGACAAUAACUGCAAAAAGAGCACAGCAUACUCCACUGACAGACAAAAAUGACCAACUGGAACAAAAUAAGGUGGAAGAUAAUUCCAUGCCUCCAAACAGUGUGCAUUUAGAAGGCCCAAGCAAAAUAUGCUACAAAAAGCAAAAGAAAGAAACAGAUGUAGUUCCUUUCCACAGAAAGAAGAUCUUGCAUUCAGCUCUCAUCCCAAGUAAAGUAAACAGAGAGAAGAGAAGUAUCGUGGGUCAGAAACCUGGCUGUGCCAUUUCACUCAGGGGACGGAUUACAUCCUUACAGCAGCAGUUAGCCAUUCUUCAGAAUUCGAAAAAGACAGCCAUGUCAUCUCUCAAAACGUCCAGGGAAACAAAUAAAAAAUUAACAUCCCAGCUGCAUCUUGUUGAACAAAGACUUCAGGCCAGCAAGCAAACUAUUCAGACACUGACGUCCAACCUGACUGAGUUGCAGCGAGAAAAAUCAGAUUUACAAGGGAAGUUGGACCACCUGACCCAGUCUAUGAAAUUGAGAGAGGGUCUGUCUCCUGUGACAUCUGGCCCUACUGGAAUGACACCAGCAACUCCAUUAAAGAAUGUAGAUUUGGAAAUGAAGCAGUUGCAGUGUAAACUGAAGAAUGCAAAUAAUGAAAUCACUAAACAGUCAUCAACCAUCAAAUCUUUGAAAUAUGAAGUCCAGCGAAAAGAAGAACAGAUGCGGGAACUACAGGAAAAGAUUUCUCGAAUGGAGAGAGACCUAAGUAUGAAAAGAAAUUUAAUAGAAGAUUGGAAGCUGCGCAUGAAAGCAAAUCAGGAAAAAGAAAAAAGCUUUAAUGAAAAACUACAAACUCUUGAAGAAAAGGUAAAGUCAUUGACGGAAGAUUGUUCAAACAAAAAAACGUCGAUUGAUUCACUAAAGCAAAGGCUUAAUGUAGCUACAAAAGAAAAGGCACAAUAUGAGCAGAUGAAUCGCAAAGCUAAGGAGGAGCUGGAGAAAAAGGAGCUUAAACUCGCCAAUCUAGAAGCUAAAAUGGCUGAGGCGGAAUGUGCCAUGACAGAACUCGAAACCACUGCCUCUCAGCAACUUCAUGGCUUGGCAAAGCAAAGUGAACAAGCACUCGAAGUACUGCAGAAAAAAUUGAUGAUGUCCAAUGACAAGGUGGAAGAGUUCGUUACCUUUGUGAAGAGUUUGGCCACAGAGUUGCAGUCUAGUGUGAAAGAGAUGAGAACGCGAAUCAGAUGUAGUAAAAAAAUGCAAGAAAACAAAAAAUGCAACAGCGUUUCCAAAGCGUCUGUUCACCGAGCCCAGCACGUGGCAGCAUCUAUCCUUAAUAUUUCAAAGACUGAUUUAGACAAUUUACUUGAUGUUGAGGAUGAUGAGGAAACACAACAGAUGAAAAUGGAAUAUGAAAGCGACAAAGAAUGGAUGGGCUACUUACAGAAGCUUCUUGAAGGACAGAAAGUGAGUGAGAAGGUUGGUGGAGCAGAAGGAACCAAGCUAGAUGAGGAUUUCAAGGAAAUGGAAAGGAAAGUGGAUGUCACCAGCAGGGCUGUGAUGGAAAUAAUGGCCAGGACAACAGAAUACCUUCAACCUAACCCAGCUUCCAGAGCUAGACUCAACAUGCUCAACACUAUGUCCAAAAUCAGAGGCCAGGAGAAAGGACCAGGUUACCAACAGGCAGAGGCCCUGUUAGCAGAUGCGAUGCUGAAGUUUGGAAAAGAACUUGGAGACGACUGCAACUUUGGCCCAGCUCUCGGUGACGUUGGGGAAGCAAUGAGAGAACUUUCUGAGGUGAAAGAUUCUUUGGACAUUGAUGUGAAACAGAAUUUUAUUGAUCCCCUUCAAAACCUUCAUGACAAAGAUCUGAGGGAAAUACAGCAUCACCUUAAAAAAUUGGAGGGCAGACGCCUGGAUUUCGAUUACAAGAAGAAAAGGCAAGGCAAAAUCCCAGAUGAAGAACUCCGUGCGGCUCUGGAGAAGUUUGAUGAGUCAAAGGAAGUUGCUGAGUUGAGCAUGUUUAAUCUGCUAGAAAUGGAUAUUGAGCAAGUGAGCCAGCUAUCUGCCCUAGUACAAGCCCAGCUGGAGUACCACAGGCAAGCCACACAGAUCCUCCAGCAAGUUAGUUCCAAGUUGGAAGAGAGGAUAAAAGAUGCCUCAGUUCAGCCCAGAAGAGAGUAUCAGCCAAAGCCCCGCAUGAGUUUGGACUUCUCUGAAAACAAUCAGCACAACGGAGGGCUCUCUAAUGCCACCACUCCCAAGCCCUCAAAUGUUCCCAUGGACCAGCCGUGCUGUCGAGCUCUGUAUGACUUCGAUCCCGAAAACGAAGGGGAGCUGGGCUUUAAAGAGGGUGAUAUCAUUACCCUCACUAACCAGAUUGACGAAAACUGGUAUGAAGGGAUGCUUCAUGGCCAGUCAGGCUUUUUCCCUAUUAAUUACGUGGAUAUUCUCGUAGCUUUGCCUCAUUAGGAGGGCCGAGUCACCAUGUCUUAAUCUCCCCCUCUCCCUUGAGAAAUAAAUAAAACAGGUCAUAUGUCGACACCACUGCUUUUUAAAAACAAAGCAAUGAAUACAUAAUAUGGCUGCUUACUCCACAUCACAAAUACAAGCUGCGGUGGUGUUUUUUUCUUAAAACAAAAACAAAAAACCAGUCAUCGGGCCCCCACAGACAAUCCUUGGUUUUCGUGUUGUCAUGCUACAUCGUGGUGAUGCGUGUUAUCUUCUCCAGGCUGUGUGCCCAGGCACGUGGGAUUUUCACGUUCACACACGCAUGGUUGCCACAGAGAAUGAUGGGGGGAGAAAGUGGCGGUAGGCGUUUUUGAGUCAGUCAUAGUGUUGGGAAUGGGGGGAUGCAGUUGAGUUAGCUGGGAAGAAAAGCCUGUCGCCAGUCUACUGCCAUUUUAGUUCUCCCAUCGAAAGCGGGGAGCUGGGUAGCGCCCCUGAUUUUUCCAUCUUUCCCUUCCCAAAUGUUGCGGUUUAUGUGGGCCUAAUAUCGCUAACCAGCUUCUCAUGUCGUUCUUCUCUUAAAAAGGAAAAAAUAAAGGGGGAGGGGAAAGACAGAGUCCUGUCCUUGGAGAAACAGCAUAGCGUAUAUUUCAGUUCCUCCGCAGAUGAAUCGCCACUAUUCUAUACCCGCUGUUGGCGUAGAACCAGCUUUUAUAUACGCAAUAGUUAAAUAGAGGCCUGUGCAGUAUCCAGGUUACCUUUUGAAAACAUCCAAAGGCCAGGCCAGGAAAGUCAAGCGCCACAAGCCAAUGUGGCUUUCCUCAGAAAUGUUGGACAUAACAACAACAACAACAACAACAACAACAACAACCUAAUGCCAGCAGCAAAUAGAUGAUGCUAGAAGAAAAACCUAAAGAAACAAACAAACACAACUGUUUUCACUUUGUAUAAAGUCUAGGCACAGAAAAACAACAACCCCAAUAUUAUUCUACAUCUUCACUGAAAAAUAAUAAUGAAAAGCAACUCACGUUAUGUAAUUUUUAUUUUCAUCUACCUUGUGUUCUUCGAACAUCAUUUGUGUAUAUUCUGCCCUCAGUGAGGACUAAACAAAACAAAACAGAAGAAUCUUUGUGCUGAGCAAUUAAAGCGACAUGUGGCUAUAUGCAAAAACAUUCAAGUUGAUUUUUCCUCUCCAGAGUCAUAUAUAUAUAUAUAUAUAUAUAUAUAUAUAUAUAUAUAUAUAUAUCCCAUUCCGCGUCCUACAUUUUGUGUGUGCAUAGUGAUGUCUCUAGCUGAUUCACUGUUCCUAUUUUUGGUAACUGCUGUAAGAGUUUGUUUUAAUUUGAGUUGCCCAGAGUUCUAUUUAUCUAUCUAUGUACAUAUAUAUUUCUAUAUGUACAGACUCUUCCUGCACUGCUUUGGACGUGCCGCUUCAGUAUUGGACCAUGUGAAACGACGGCAAUCCUCCUGCUUUUAAUGUAUAAACUUAUACCAUGGAGAGCAUUGUUAUUUCAAAUAAAAAUGCGGAUUGACUAGUGAA